CCCGACCCCUGCCCCGCCUCCGCGCGCUCCGCAGCCGCCCCGCGCCGCCCCGCCCCCGGCGCGCGCCGAGCCGCGCCCUUCGUCCUCUCCGCUUCCCCGGCGGGGCGGCUCGGGGAGGCCUGAGGGGCGGCGCCUUCUGCGGCCUCCCCGGCGGGGGGGAUGUGAGGGGCGGCCCGCGGCCAUGGAGACGGGCCCGGCGCCCGUGGUAGCCCCGCCGCGCCGUCAUGGCGCCCCCGCGGCCCCUUCGCCGCCGCCCCGGGCUUCCCGGGCCGGGCCAGUCCUGGUGGUGGCUCCUGGACCACCGGUGACUACAGCCACUUCGACUCCCGUCACCCUGGUGGCCCCCGGGGAGGCGCGGCCGGCCUGUGUCCCAGGGCCGGCCCCGGCCGCCACGGUGGUGGUGCUCACGCUGGAAGCCUCCCCUGCGGAAGCCUCGGAGAAGCAGGUAUCCCCGGGCGCCGAACCUUCGGUGCCGGUUCCGGUGGCAGCGGCCGAGGCCGAGACGUCCAUGACUCCGGCCUCAGGGACAGACGCAGCGAAGACGGAGGAGGCUCGCACCUCAGCCUCCGCAGCCCCGGAGACCCCCAGCAGAACCCCUUCCAGAAUGGCUCCUGGGGCCUUGGCCGCCAAGCCCCCGCUGGCCCCGAAGCCGGGAACUGCAGCGGCCUCGGGAGGGACCGCACGGGGCGCCACGGGACCGGUGACAAGUGGCCCUGGAGCCUCAGCAGCGGCCUCAGCCUCAGCAGGCCAGACCCCCGAGGCCCCCUUGGCACCGGGGACCGGCGAGGCUCCCGUAGCUGUUGUCACGGUGACCCCAGCCCCGGAACCUGUCGAGAACUCCCAAGACCUGGGGUCCACGUCCAGCCUGGGACCCGGUAUCUCCGGGCCUCGCGGGCAGGCCCCAGACACACUCAGCUACUUGGACUCUGUGAGCCUCAUGUCCGGGACCUUGGAGUCCUUGGCGGAUGAUGUGAGCUCCAUGGGCUCGGACUCUGAGAUCAAUGGGCUGGCCCUGCGCAAGACGGACAAGUAUGGCUUCCUUGGGGGCAGUCAGUACUCGAGCAACCUAGAGAGCUCCGUACCUGUGGAUGUGGCUCGGCAGCGGGAGCUCAAGUGGCUGGAGAUGUUCAACAGCUGGGAUAAGUGGCUUCUGCGGCGUUUCCAGAAGGUGAAGCUGCGCUGCCGGAAGGGGAUCCCCUCCUCUCUCCGCGCUAAGGCCUGGCAGUACCUGUCCAACAGCAAGGAGCUCCUGGAGCAGAACCCUGGCAAGUUUGAGGAGCUGGAACGGGCCCCUGGGGACCCCAAGUGGCUGGAUGUGAUUGAGAAGGACUUACACCGCCAGUUCCCCUUCCACGAGAUGUUUGCUGCCCGAGGCGGGCAUGGGCAGCAGGACCUGUACCGGAUCCUGAAGGCUUACACCAUCUACCGGCCUGACGAGGGCUACUGCCAGGCCCAGGCCCCCGUGGCUGCCGUGCUGCUCAUGCACAUGCCUGCCGAGCAAGCCUUUUGGUGCCUGGUGCAGAUCUGUGACAAGUACCUCCCUGGUUACUACAGCGCAGGACUGGAGGCCAUUCAGCUGGAUGGAGAGAUCUUCUUCGCACUCCUGCGCCGGGCCUCCCCGUUGGCGCACCGGCACCUGCGCAGGCAGCGCAUUGACCCUGUGCUCUACAUGACUGAGUGGUUCAUGUGCAUCUUCGCCCGCACCCUGCCUUGGGCUUCUGUCCUGCGUGUCUGGGACAUGUUCUUCUGUGAAGGCGUUAAGAUCAUCUUCCGAGUGGCCCUGGUUCUGCUGCGACACACACUGGGCUCUGUGGAGAAGCUGCGCUCUUGCCAAGGCAUGUACGAAACCAUGGAGCAGCUGCGCAACCUGCCACAGCAGUGCAUGCAGGAGGACUUCCUGGUGCAUGAGGUGACCAACCUUCCAGUGACAGAAGCCCUGAUUGAGCGGGAGAAUGCAGCCCAACUCAAGAAGUGGCGGGAGACCCGGGGUGAGCUGCAGUAUCGGCCCUCACGGCGCCUCCAUGGCUCCCGGGCCAUCUACGAGGAGCGCAGGAGGCAGCAGCCCCCCCUGGGCCCCUCCUCCAGCCUCCUCAGCCUCCCCGGCCUUAAAAGCAGGGGCUCCCGGGCCGGUGCAGGGGCCCCCUCGCCACCACCCCCCAUCCGCAGGGCCAGUGCUGGGCCGGUCCCGGGGCCUGUCGUCACUGCUGAGGGACUGCACCCAUCCCUCCCCUCCCCGACUGGCAAUAGCACCCCCUUGGGCCCCAGCAAGGAAACCCGGAAGCAGGAGAAGGAGCGGCAGAAGCAAGAGAAGGAAAGGGAAAAGGAACGGCAGAAGCAGGAGAAGGAACGGGAGAAGCAGGAGAAGGAGCGGCAGAAGUGGGAGAAGGAGCAGGAGAAGGAGCAGCAGAAGCGGGAGAAGGAGCGGCAGAAGCAGGAGAAGAAGAGCCAGGGCCGCAAGCUUUCGCUGCGCCGCAAGGCAGACGGGCCCCCGGCCUCCCAAGACGGUGGGGACAGGGCCUCGGCGGCUGAGGCCCGGCAGGAUGCCUACUUCUGACUUCCGUCCUGGCACUGGACUGCGUGGUCCACCUUUUCCUGUCAGGAGCAGGCCCGGCCAUGGAGGCUGCCCUGGCCCCCCAAAGCAGGCUGGCGCUCUUGGUGACUCCAAUCUCCUUGCCAGCUGCAACUCUACCAGGACAGCCACAGCGUGUGGGGCAGCGGUGACUGAGGCUGGAGCCUCUUGCGUCUCCGGGCUCUCCAUCACUCCAGGCUGUUUCCCAGGGUCCCCUCCCAGGGGCUGCCCCUUGGCGGCAGGAGGCAGUGUGCUGAGGAUUCAUGCACUCCUGUGGCUCUCCUCACCCACGAUGGGGAGCUGGCUUCUUUUUCUCUUCUUGGGCCCUGCCUGUCGUCUGUGUGCUGGCCAGGGGCCCCGGGCUGUAUCCUGGACAUCUCUGAAUUGUAAUUAUGUAUAGAGGACUGGGUUGGCCCCAGGCGUGUGUUGGGGGGUACUCGCUCUUUCAA